UAAAUCAAACCCUUCCCAUUCCUCUUUGCAGCGUGCGGCGGCGACGAGAGGCCACGCCACCGAUCGACGCCGGCUGUCUUCCUCCCACACCAUCGUCAAGCCUUCUCGGCUCUCCGCACAAGCCUGGGUGCCUCCACGCCUCCCUCCCAUCGAGGCCGGGCACGAAGCCCACAUCGGAGGAAUUCUUCUCUCUUCUUCGUCACGUCAUCCGGGCUUGGAUCGAUUUCUUCUUCUUUUCCUUGGAUCUUUUUUGUUCCCUGUGACAUCAAAUCCAAAUCUUUUCUUCUUGCAGGGUUGGUGCGUGGUGCCAAUAGCAGUUCCCAAGAAAUUUAAAUAAAUCCCGGAUUGGAUUGAGAUUUGUCGAGUUGUGUGGCAGCAGCUGGAGUGCGCUCGGACAGGUUACCUUGGUUUGGAGAUGGCGGAUGGUGAUUCAUCUGACUUCACCUUCUGCAAGGUUAGUUCUGCAGAAAAUGAUGAUCAACUAGAAUCUCCUAAAACGAUUCCUGUGGCAAGUAUGACACUCGAGGAUGUUCGUGAUGAUAGUCCAAGCAUUUCAAAGAAAAGUGAGAUACAAACUAAUGACACAGAUAAAGAUGGAAGAUCUAGCUCCAUAUCUGGUAGUGUCGUCAGUGUUCCACCACAAGACUGUAAUGUAAAAGAACCAGUUAUACAAACAAGUAGGGGAGCAGAAUCAAAUGUAUCAUCUCAGCCAAAACCUUCAUUAAAGAAACCUGCAGCACGCGCAAAGGUUCCUUUUGAGAAGGGCUAUAGCCCAUUGGAUUGGUUAAAGCUGACACGUACUCAUCCUGAUCUUACAGGGUUGAAGGGGCAGUCAAACCGAAGGUUAAUUUCCUUGGAAGAAGUUAAGCAGCAUAAAACUGGAGAUUGUAUUUGGACAGUUCUUAAAGGUCGUGUGUACAAUAUUGCUCCAUACAUGAAAUUUCAUCCUGGAGGAGUUGAUAUGCUUAUGAAAGCCUCUGGAAAAGACUGCACCACUUUGUUCAAUAAAUACCAUGCUUGGGUAAAUGCAGAGUUCCUCUUGGAGAAGUGCCUUGUCGGAUUCCUUGAUCCCAACGAGUAGAUCUGUACAAUUCAGGCCAGCAUGGCAUGUUCUCAUUUGUAUACUCCUGGUGCUUAGGCGCAUUGGGCGAUGAAUUAAAGAAUGUAGAUGUUCUGCUGCAUCACAGUGGGAAUAUGAUGAUUAAAUUCACUUCGAAAAGGAAGAGAGUAAGAAAUAAACUUAGUGACCAUUCUUGUGUACAAAUUUGUUGUCAUUGGUUCUGCAGAUGGAGCGAAAAAAUCCAGCCUUUUACUGGUAUUUCCAUGAGGUGCGAGGUAAAUUACAAUGCCUAAUGAAAUACAUAUCAUAGCCAUUCAACAUCAUAUUGA